AUCAAAUCUCCAAAAAAUCUGUGAGUAACCAACUAACCAUGGCUUUCAUCAGUUCAAAAAUGGCGACAUUCUUCAUCAUUUCUUUGGUCUUUUUGUCCACCAAAGCCUUGUCACAAUGUGAAGAUGACACCAACAAUCCUUGUAAUAACAAAUCCAAGGCUAUGAACUUGAAAAUCAUCGGUAUCGCCACGAUCCUUGUGACAAGUAUCAUCGGGGUAUCUCUACCUUUGAUCACACGCUCAAUCCCUGCCCUUAGCCCAGACCGUAGCCUUUUUGUGAUCGUUAAAGCUUUUGCUUCGGGUAUCAUCUUAGCUACUGGAUUUAUGCAUGUGUUGCCCGAUUCUUUUGACAUGUUGAGGUCUAGUUGCUUAGCUGAUAACCCGUGGCAUAAGUUUCCCUUUACGGGCUUCGUUGCUAUGUUAUCUGCUAUUUUCACACUCAUUGUGGACUCGAUGGCCACAAGCAUGUACACCUCAAAGAAUAAUGCGAUAUCAGCUGAAGACGGUGACAUGGUUGUCAGAGACCAAGAGAUGGCCGCGGCAAAUGGUAGUGGUGGCAUGCAUUUCCAUGGACACCAUCAUGGCCCCAGCCCCCAAAAGGGCGCAAUAGGGCAACAACUUCUUCGUUAUCGUGUUGUAGCCAUGGUGCUAGAACUAGGGAUAGUGGUUCACUCUGUAGUGAUUGGACUAGGGGUUGGGGCCUCAAAUGACGUAUGCACAAUCAAGCCAUUAGUGGCAGCUCUUUGUUUCCAUCAAAUGUUUGAAGGCAUGGGUCUUGGUGGCUGCAUUCUUCAGGCAGAGUACAAAACCAUGAAGAAAGCAGUGAUGGUGUUCUUCUUCUCCAUAACUACUCCAUUUGGGAUAGCUCUUGGAAUCGGCUUGUCAAAGACAUACAAAGAGAACAGCCCGAGUGCCUUAAUCACCGUAGGACUACUCAACGCUUCAUCAGCCGGGCUACUUAUCUAUAUGGCAUUGGUUGAUCUUCUUGCUGCUGAUUUCAUGGGCCCAAAGCUUCAAGGAAGCAUUAAGCUCCAGAUCAAAUCUUAUGCCGCUGUCUUGCUUGGCGCCGGUGGGAUGUCUCUCAUGGCAAAAUGGGCUUAAAAGUCUGUUUUCGGGACCAACUGGAGAUACAAGAAUUCGUAUGGUUUUAAUUGAUUGUAAUUGAGAAAUAAGUUUGAUGUAUCGCUUUUGAAAUUAAGUUAGGAUGUGUGAUGUACUUUAACACCUUUGAAAUCUAAAACAGCUUCAAUUCUGAUGUUGAAUGGAUGUUCGGAUUUAUGAUUUGUUUGACAUAUAUUUACACUUCACACAAUCAU